CGCCACUUCGUUCAGAGGCGCUGUUACAUAUUCAAAUUCAACCUUAUUUUCCAUUCACAAAUCCAAAAAAGUCACUAACCUUUCAAGUUCAGCCCGAAAGUUCACGUCGUUUAUUUUGAAGACAUGGCAAAGCGUGUCGCUGUAGUGUUGGCAGGCUGUGGUGUGUUUGAUGGAAGCGAAAUUCAUGAGGCGUCUGCAAUACUGGUUCAUUUGAGCCGUCAUCAAGCUACUGUCAAGAUAUUUGCACCCAACAUAGAUCAGAUGCAUGUUGUAGAUCAUUUAAAAGGGUCUCCUACAGAGGAAAAGAGAAAUGUGCUUGUGGAAAGUGCUAGACUUGCUCGGGGGGAUAUCCAAGACCUCUCUGAGCUCAAUGUAAAGGAGUUGGAUGCCAUCAUCUUCCCUGGUGGCUUUGGAGCCGCCAAGAAUCUGUGUAGUUGGGCUGUCCAGGGUAAAGACUGCUCUGUCAAUGAGCAGAUUACAGCAGUGCUGCAGGCCUUUCAUGCUGAUAAAAAACCUAUUGGCUUGUGCUGUAUCUCACCUGUGCUGGCAGCUAAGGUCUUCCCAGGCUGUGAAGUGACUGUUGGCCAUGACAAAGAUCCAAGAUAUCCGGAUGUUCCAGACACCGCAGAAGCGAUUAGUAAGCUUGGUUGCAAGCACAUCUGCAAGCAUGUGAAUGAGGCCCAUGUUGAUGAAAAGAAUAAGAUUGUCAGCACCUGUGCAUUCAUGUGCAAGGCACCAUUGCAUGAAAUAUUCGAUGGAAUUGGAGUGAUGGUACAAGAUGUGCUUAAACUUGCUUGAAUAUUUAUUGACAAAUCAUAAUGUGUGAGAUAUAAAUUAAUCUACGUAAAUAAACCUGCAAAUGCCAACCAUAA